GGCUGACUGGUUCACAUUUUCGGUCAGGAGUUUGGCGUGAGAAGCAAGAGUUAUGGGACUUGUGCAGUUGUUCGGUGUCGUCAUAGCUGUGUUCAGUGUGGUGACGGCUGAUUCAGGCUACUUCUGGCACGUGACCGACUUCCACUAUGACCCCACCUACUGGGGCCAGCAGCUGUCGUGUAACGACGUGGUCCCCACCCCGGGGGUCUACGGCGACUACUGGUGCGACUCCCCCUGGGUCUUAGUGCAGGACAGCAUCGAGAACAUGGGGCGGAUUCGUCGGGACGUCGACUUUGUCAUCUGGACAGGUGACAACGUAGCCCACAUCAGCGACACCUACAUGAGCCUCAACAUCAACCUGGCCAUCCUACAGAACAUCACGACGGCCCUGAACAAGACGUUCCCCGGGGUGCCCUUCUACCCCAGCCUCGGGAACCACGACUUCUACCCCAGCGACCAGGCCAGCGGAAGUGUCAGCGAGAUGUAUCUGCGCAUGUCUGAGAUCUGGGCCGACUGGAUCGUUGACCCGCAGCAGAUAGAACUCUUUAAGAAAGGUGGCUACUACACCAAGCUGAUCCGACCAAAGCUCCGUCUGCUGGCCCUCAACACCGUGCUAUACAUGGAGGGUGAUCACGUGACCACCAACCUCACCGACCCCGCUGGUCAGUUCCAGUGGAUCGACGCCGUGCUCGCGGGGUCAAGGUCAGCCGGGGAGAAGGUCAUCAUCACCGGUCAUGUUCCCCCAACCCUGGUGGUUCCUUCCCUAUUGAACUGGUUCCAGCUCCGGUUCCACGCCCGCUUCAUCAACCUGCUGACCAGCUACUCAGAUAUCAUCCUGGCACACCACUACGGACACGACCACUCGGAUUCCUUCAGAAUACUGCAGAGGGACGAUGGUAUGGGAGCCACGCCCGUGUUCAUCGCCCCCUCCAUCACCCCCUGGAGGUACCGCAUCCCCACGGAGACGGGCGAGCCCCACAACCCCGGCAUCCGGCUGGUGGAGUACGACCGUGACACCGGCCGGCACCUCAACUACCGGCAGUUCUUCAUCAACGUCACGGACAGCAACCGGCGCAACGCGACUCAGUGGGAGGAGCUGUACAACUUCCAGACGGCAUUCGGAGUUCCAGACAUGAGCUUAGGGUCACUGAAGGCCAUCUACAAGAGCAUGGACACAGUGGACAGCAGCCACAUGAAGCAGUGCUGCAACUACCUACUGGUCACUAACUUGACCCAAGACUGCACGGACGCUGUGCAAGCUGGCAUAUGGUGCGGUGGCCAGAUGCAAGAGGAAAGCGCGGCCAAAAUUUGCGUCAACGAGUACGUGCACAAAAAGAAGAGGACUCUGUUUUUGGCUGACUGGGUCGACAGAUUGUUGGCUCAAAUUGUUCAGUUGUUUUCGAACUUUUGGUCGAAAGAUAAUUAACAUGUUAUUUUAUUGUUUUGUAAUUUUUGGUCGAAAGAUUAUUAACAUGUUAUUUUAUUGUUCGGUAAUAAAAAAUAAA